AUGCACGCCUCUGCCGUCCUCCUCGUCGCCGCAGCCGGCCUCGCCGCCGCACAAUCGAGCUCUACCACCGCUGCUAGUACCACUGCCAGCUCAACGUCCACCUCCGGCUGCGGCACCCAAAUCGACACGUGAGAAUCACCCCGAACCCGAAAAAAAAAUAAAAAGAAAAGAUGCGACAAAGGGAGAGGGAACAAAAACCAACUGACAUGGGAUCGUUUGCUUUCUUCUCGCAGGAUCAUCGCCAGCUGUCUGGGAACCACCAAAGCCCAACUCUCCGCCUGCGCCACAAACGACUGGGAUUGCAUGUGCACGCAGACCACCAACGUCCUCACCUGCUACAACAACUGCCCGUCCUCGCCGGAUCGCAACGGCGUCCUGCAGCAGCAGACUUCGUAUUGUAAUGCUGCGAAGGCGUAUGUCUUUUCUUUCUCUUUCCCCCUUCCUCCUCCUCCAAAUCCCCCCAUCCCCAUCUCCAUCUCCAUCUCCAUCUUCCACCCAUUGUUACUUCUUGGAUUUGUGGUUUUUUUUAACUUUUUGUUCGGGUGAUGCAGUUAUAGCUCGUCCUCUUCCUCUGCCACCCACACCGGUACCGCCACCGGCACGGCGACCGCGACCGCGGGUUCCGCGACGGCUUCCUCUUCCGCGACGGGUAGCGUGGCUUCCUCUUCGGGAACCGGGACCGGCACUGCCACGGCUUCGGGUGCUUCUGCCACCAGCUCCGGCAGUGGCGCCGAGAAGAUGGCAUAUCCGGGUGCUUUCGCUGCUCUCUUCGGGCUCGUCGCUCUCCUCUAG